AUGACUGACAAACUCCCCCCGAAUCUCCUUGCCCUGUUCCAGCCUCGACCGCCUCUGCGCUACAUCCCUCCGCAGGAUUCCGCUCCAGAAGAAAGAGCUGUCAAGAAGUCGCAGCUUUCCGGAAUCGCAGCCUUCCUGCCUCAGCUCGACGACUACAAGGAGAACGAUGUCUACAAGCCCACCGAGUCCUGGCUGCAAAAGCGUGAUCGCAAAAGAUAUGAGAAGAAACUGCGCCAGGCAGAGAUAGAAAAGCCAGAUUUUCAGGCCUACAGACCAAAUGAAGACCCCAAAAUCAAAGGUGACGCUGUUAAGACUCUGUUCGUCAGCCGCCUCAGCUACGAGGUCAAAGAAGCCGAUCUCGAACGUGAAUUUGGCAGAUUUGGUCCCAUGGAGCGAAUCAGAAUCGUCAAGGAUGAGACGACUCCCAAACCCAAGAAGCCGCACAAAGGCUAUGCCUUCAUCGUCUAUGAACGAGAAAAGGAUAUGCGAGCCGCAUACAAAGAAACAGAUGGCCUGCGCAUCAAGGACCGAAAAGUCGUCGUGGAUGUGGAACGUGGUCGCAUGGUCCCUGGAUGGCGACCUAAAAGAUUCGGCGGCGGCCUGGGUGGAAGAGGAUAUACCAAGCAAGCUCCUGCAAGACCUACGUAUGGCGCACCCCAAGGUGGAUAUGGGGAUGGCUUCAGAGGUGGCUUCGGAGGUCGUGGUGGGUUCCGCGGCGGAUUCCGUGGCGACUUCCGUGGCGACCGUGGAGGUUUUGGUGGCAGAGGUGGUGUGGGCUAUCAAGGAAGAGGUGGUUUCGGUGGACGCGGCGGAUAUCAAAGCGGACCUCCACCGCCCAACGCACCCAGCGGCCCCGGUGGAAGAAGCGGCUAUGGCGGAGGCUAUGAGGACCGACGAAACGGAUACGGAGGCCGAGGGGCCACUGGAAGUAACAACGACCCUCUCGGCAGCCGCGACAGAGGAUAUGAAAACCGAGACCGAGACCGAGAUCGAGAUCGAGAUCGAGACCAGAACCGUGACCGAUAUGGUGGCGGCAGGCGCGAUGAUGACUAUGGCUCCAGAAAACGGCACCACGAGAACGACGGGUACGAUGACCCCAGACAACGCCGGAGGUAUUAA